AUGGAAGCCGGUGAGUGUAGUCCCGCCUCUUGUCUGCGAAAACAUCCAGCUCAUUGGCUAAUUUUCUUGCCUCUCAUUAAACAAGCCUUCUGAUUGGCUUACUAAAAGGCGUGCGCCGCACUGUGAUCAAAAUUGCUGAUUCCGGAUUGGUCAGCACGGCUGUCAACCGGCGGCGGCCCCGCGUCACGUGCCCGCAGCAAUAUGGCCGCGACCGUGGAGCGUGGAGCUGCAGCGACCGCUUCAGAAAAGCAGAUGUCCGCGAAGAAAGCGCUGUCCGCGGCCUCUCCGCUCACUCUGCGGAUCGUCGCGGAGUGCUCGGUGACUAAAGCCAGAGCCUGCGAGCUCAUACUGCCGCACAGCGCCGUCAGCACCCCGGUGUUCAUGCCUGUCGGGACCCAGGGGACUCUGAAGGGAAUCACCGUGGAUCAGCUGGACGGUCUGGGAUGCCGGAUCUGUCUUGGGAACACGUAUCACCUGGGCAUGAGACCGGGGCCUGAUUUGAUCGAGAAAGCCAAUGGUUUACAUGGGUUCAUGAACUGGGACAGAAAUCUGUUAACUGACAGUGGAGGCUUCCAGAUGGUGUCGCUUGUUGAACUCUCAGAGGUCACAGAGGAAGGAGUCAAGUUCAAGUCCCCCUACGACGGCAAAGAGAUCCUCCUCAGUCCUGAGAAGUCCAUCAGCAUACAGAACAGUCUGGGGUCAGACAUCAUGAUGCAGCUGGACGACGUGGUCAGCAGUACAGUGACGGGACCGCGGGUGGAGGAGGCCAUGCACAGAUCCAUUCGCUGGCUGGACCGAUGCAUAGCAGCUAAUAAGAAUCCAGAUAAACAGAACCUGUUUGCCAUCAUACAGGGAGGGCUGAACGUAGAGCUGCGCAAAGCUUGUCUAGAUGAAAUGACUCAACGUGAUGUUCCUGGUUUUGCCAUCGGAGGUCUGAGCGGAGGAGAGGAGAAGGAUGACUUCUGGCGCAUGGUCACGCUGAGCACUGACCACCUGCCACGAGAAAAGCCUCGAUACCUCAUGGGUGUGGGGUAUGCUGUGGACUUGGUUGUGUGUGUCGCUCUGGGAUGUGAUAUGUUCGACUGCGUUUUCCCCACCCGCACUGCAAGGUUCGGCUCUGCCUUGGUGCCUUGGGGAUCUCUCCAGGUAAAACAUAAGCAGUAUGCUAAGGACUUCCAGCCCAUAGACCCAGACUGCCAGUGUCCCACCUGCAAGAGACAUACUCGAGCUUACCUGCAUGCUCUGUUUAAGAGUGACACUGCAGCCAUGCAUCACAUCACCAUUCAUAACAUUGCCUACCAGCUCAACCUGAUGCGCUCUGUGAGACAGAGCAUCGUGGAGGGCCGCUUCCCCGACUUCAUACGGACGUUCAUGAGGCGACUGUUUCCGUCUCCUGACCAGUACCCUGGCUGGGCUGUGGACGCUCUCGCCUCCGUCAAUGUUACGCUGGAAUAAAACCACCGUACUCUAAAUGGAGAUAAAUGUCAAACAGAGACUGGAAGAUUGUACAUAUUUUAAAUUACAUUUUUUAUGGAUGACUGUUUUCUACUCAUUGUUUAUUCUUUGUGCCAGCUCAGCUGCUUUGUUGGCAGUGAGGAAAAUUGCUUGUGAUCUGACGGAAUAAAAGCCUGAUUGACUUUCA